GCAUGUGUACGCAAACGCAUCUCCACGGAAACGAAAAGUUGUACGCAGUACUGCUUCCUUCUCAACCUUGAAGCAUCAGGACUUGAACAUCAUCACUCAAAGAGCGUUUUUUUCCGUGGAAUGAGCAUUCCAUGCAGCAUCCUAGGUAUGAAUGACGUACCCUGGCAGGAGACACAAUGUGGAACGCUGCACACCAAUGGUGCACCAGAAACUGGUGGGGUCAGAGUCCAUGCAGGGUGUCCUCUAGCCACAGUUGGAGGUGCCAGGCAGGGACCUGGGGGAGUUCACCCUCUGCAAGGAAUGGACAGGGUGGCCAAUCCCAACCCCUGCACCCAGCCUCUGCUGAGUGGUCGUUCACAAGAUGAUGCCACAGUGGGCUAUUUCUUUCAAAGACAGCCUGGAGAGCAAAUGGGGGGCUGCACUGCCAACAAACACCGCUGGCCCACUGGUGAUGGAAACCAUGUUGACCAGUUGCGCUCUGUGGAUGAGAUGAACUAUAACUUUCAAGCAUUGGCUCUGGAGUCUCGUGGAAUGGGUGAACUACUUCCUACAAAAAAAUUGUGGGAAUCAGAUGAAUUGGCAAAAGAUGGACGUAAAGCAAUUCUUGUGGGUGAAGAAUGGAGAGAGAAUGCCUGGAGUUCUUCUCGUAAGUUUUUCUAAAAUGC